AGCUUCCACGAGCGGGGGGGAGGUGUUUAAAACCGCUCUGCUCCUCUUCCUCCUUCACAGCCUCCCUCCGUCAGACCCGGGGUUUCGUAACCGGCGCUGUAGCAGUGUCUCCUCUUCUGUGAGCCGGUGAGAAAUGGCAGCGCUCAGGACUCUCAGGAAACUGUGCCAGCACACACAGCACCAAGUCUGUAAACUGCACACGUCCGCCUCGAGGCAGGAGGCGGUGGUCAUCUCAGGAAAGAAACUUGCACGGCAAAUUAGGGAUGAGGUCCGGGCCGACGUAGAGGAAUGGGUCUCAACAGGCCACCGAAGACCCCAUCUGAGUGUUAUUCUCGUGGGAGACAACCCAGCCAGCCACUCCUAUGUCCUGAACAAGACACGGGCUGCGGCUGAUGUCGGAAUCUCAAGUGAGACGAUUCUCAAGCACACUAACAUCAGUGAGGAGGAGUUACUGGACUUGAUCGAUAAGCUCAACACCGACCCCCGUGUGGAUGGUCUACUGGUCCAGCUGCCUCUGCCAGAACACAUCGAUGAGCGCGCAAUCUGCAAUGCAGUUUCCCCGACCAAGGAUGUGGAUGGUUUCCACGUGGUCAACGUGGGCCGCAUGUGCCUGGAUCAGUCCACCAUGCUCCCUGCCACUCCCUGGGGUGUCUGGGAAAUUAUUAAACGCACAGGUAUUCCUACUUUUGGGAAGAACGUCUUGGUUGCUGGACGGUCAAAGAACGUGGGCAUGCCCAUUGCCAUGUUGCUGCACACAGACGGCCGUCACGAGAGGCCCGGAGGUGACGCUACGGUGACGAUUUCUCACCGUUACACUCCAAAGGAUCAACUUUGCCAACACACUAAAAUCGCUGACAUCAUUGUGGCUGCUGCAGGAAUUCCAAACCUUAUCACUGCGGACAUGAUCAAAGAGGGAGCGGCUGUAAUCGACGUUGGAAUAAACAGAGUGCAGGACCCCAUCACUGGAAAGAGCCGACUGGUUGGGGAUGUGGAUUUUGAAGGUGUGAGACAGAAGGCAGGAUUCAUCACCCCAGUGCCAGGAGGCGUUGGCCCGAUGACGGUGGCGAUGCUGAUGAAGAACACUGUCAAAGCAGCCAAGAAUGUCCUCCUGUGUCCCCCACAGAGGAUCCGCAUGGCUGUUGCGUCCUAAUUGGAUCAAGACUACAUCCCAGCAACAGUGACACAUUCCACCGCGAGCCCACCCUCCACCUUCCCAACACUACCAUUAUUAUUAUUAUUAUUAUUAUUAUUAUCAUUAUUAUUAUUUUUAUUUGUAUUUUUUUACUUGGAGCAACACGCCACGCUCCCCUUGCACAUGGACUGGAAAGAUGAUAGCCUUAUGGAUCUCUUUCUGCUGAUGUUGUUAACCUUUCAUGACUCCAGGUCCAGCCAUAAUUAGACUGUUACAUUCACUGAUGCAGCAGCAUGUUUAAUGUAACAGUGUUUUCAGUAUUUAUCAUUUGCAUUGUGCUAGGAUUUAAAGAAUUUUCAGAGAUGUUAUUUAUUGGUACAGUGACACAGUGUUUGAACAUGAGUGAAAGCGGGUGCUGAGGAUUAGCUUGCCGGUGACUGAAGCCUUUCUGCAGUAUGUCUUUCUGUUAGUUUAUCCUGAUGUGCAAAGAGUGAUAAGGGCUAAUGUCAUCAGGGGCAAGUAUGUAUAUCCGUAUACAAGCUUUAAAGAUUCACAAUUGCCUUUGAGAAAUCUUUGGAAUAAAUAUUACAAAUAUCUUCUAAUGAUUAUGUUUUUCUGUUGUUUCUCAAAAAAAUCACCCUGUUACUUUUUAAAUUCCACCCUAAAUGAUGUCUGUUUCCUGCGCUUCUUUCUAGUUAUUUUCUUCUAAUGUUUUGCUGUAACUAGAUGCACCUCUGGUCUCAAGGAAUGAUCUUGCAGUUGGAGAGCAGUAAAGUUUGAGUUCGCUAAGUUUA